AUGAGUGAAGAUGGCGAUGGAGAUAUUGUGGAUUGUCUAAAUAAUGAGUUUGGACCUGUUGUUGUAACCAGUGAUGUCGUCGUAAUCAGCCUCUGCUCCUGUUGUUCGCUUGAACUUGCCACCAAUCAGACAGAGCUCCUUCAGCUCAGCCUCGACCUCAAGCUCCGUCAUAUCGGCAACGACGCGCUUCUCCUCGUGGCCACCAUCUUGUGA